CUCUGGAAAAUCCCUUUGCUCGCUGCCCGUCGUCCGCGUCCCCCGCCGUGCCUCCGGUGCUCGGCCAGCACCUGUCAGGGCUCCAUCCAUCCGUAGAUGGGCGGUGGCCGGAAGCGGCGCCGGCGCGACGGCUCGGAGGCGCCGUCGAUCCACCCGCGGAACCGGUACGCCUAUGCCGCACCGGACUUCGCCGCGCUGGCGGAGCUCUACCCUUCCUUCCGCCCCUUCGUCUCCGUCUCCGAGCGCGGCCGCGCAUCCAUCGACUUCGCCGACUUCGCCGCCACCCGCGAGCUCACGCGCGUCCUCCUCCUCCACGACCACGGCGUCAACUGGUGGAUUCCAGAUGGACAGCUUUGCCCUACUGUUCCAAACAGGUCCAACUACAUCCACUGGAUUGAGGAUCUUCUCUCUUCAGAUCUGAUACCACCAAUAUCCAGCUCAAGUGGGAGGGUGAGGGGCGUUGAUAUAGGAACAGGUGCCAACUGCAUCUACCCUCUCCUUGGGGCAUCUUUACUGGGCUGGAGCUUUGUUGGAUCUGAUGUGACUGAUGUUGCUCUUGAAUGGGCUAAGAAGAAUGUGGAGAGCAACCCACACCUAGCAGAGCUAAUUGAGAUCAGAAAUGCAAAUGCAGUGUCCUUUGCCUCUGAAUCUGACACAAUUGCCAGUGAAGCUGCCAGGGAGAACACUUUAGAGCCAGUGGAUGAUCUAGCAAAGUCAAAACCACAUAUCCUUGUGGGUGUUGUAAAUGAGGGUGAGAGCUUUGACUUCUGUAUGUGCAAUCCACCAUUCUUUGAUAGCAUAGAGGAAGCAGGUCUUAACCCAAGAACAUCAUGUGGUGGGACCACUGAAGAGAUGGUUUGCCCUGGUGGCGAGCUGGCCUUUAUAACACGUAUCAUUGAAGACAGUGUUUCCCUUAAGAACUCUUUCAGGUGGUUUACCUCGAUGGUGGGUAGAAAAGCAAACUUAAAAUUAUUGAUCUCAAAAGUCCGUGAGGCUGGAGCCUCAGUUGUGAAAACCACCGAAUUUGUGCAAGGUCAAACAGCUAGAUGGGGCCUUGCUUGGUCAUUCAUUGCUCCAAGAAGAACAGUUCUUAGAUCCAGUACUCCAGCAAAAGCCCACCAUUCUUUUACGCUUCAGGGUCUUAGACGCGGAUAUGGUGCGUUCCAAGUUCUGAAAUCAGCUGAGGCUUUUUUCCUUGCUUCUAAUUUAUCUUGCAAAACUGAUUCUCUGUCAUUUUCUAUCGAUGUCACAUUGUCAGAUGAGCAGAAUGAGGCUACAAUAUUACACGGUGAUUAUUCUGCCAGUUCUCUGGAAGACAGCUCUGCGAAGUUACAGAGUGUUGUUAAGGGUGCAUCUUUCCGUAUUAUGGUGUUUGAACAGAUUCCUGGGACCCUCCUAAUCAGGGGUUCAUUAUUGAAUAAAGCACAAUCAGGUACCUUCUCAUCAUUAUUCUCGCAGCUGGAGGACACAUUAACAAUGGAAAUCCUCAGCAAGGCACGAUAGUUGAAGUUCAUUGUUAGGUCCUUAAUCAUGAGAGUUGAUCACGCGAAUGCUGCACGGAUAAGUCAUUUGGACGCCAAGGAAUGUGCAAGAGGAAAUCAUGAGACAACAAUAGCUUAGCCAGUGGCCAUAAAUAGAGAUGCUGAGCUGUGAUGGAAACUUGCAUUUGCGCUUGUCGCUCACAUCUUUUCUUGACUUGUGAUGAUGGCAAGGUUGUCAGGAUGCCAACAAUUAUGCUGGUGUGUUGGCUUUAUUUCUUAUCUGGAUUAGGAAAACGGCCUGACAAUGCCGUAUGUGAGUCUUGCUUUCCAGAUUCCGCUAUAGGCCAAUGGCACACACGAUAAACCCUUUUAUGACAGUGGCUGUUGACGGAUUAGAAUAUUGGUAUUGUGUCCAAAUCCUCUGUAGAAUACGCUGUAUUUGCCUCCAGAGUUAUUUUUGUUUUGUUGCCAUGGCUACCCAGGUCGUUGCUCUGAACUUGAGCAUAGGCACUAUUUGGCUUCUGUUUUUUUCCAUUUAAUCUCUAAAAUAAUUGUACGGUAUGCUAAAUGGUUGUAUGGCCUUUACCCUUAUUUGUUGAUACCUGGAAA